AUGGAUGCUCAGUUGAACGCCCAAGAACUUGAACUUAUACUUGCUGGCAUGCAAAAUGCUAGGUACCUUGCUCUUAGUGUUUUCGCGCUUGUAGUAUGCGAGUAUCUAUCGAAUCUAGAACUGGAGGUGGAGUACUUUUGGUCAGGUCCCUGGUCCCUCUCACGUAUCAUGUUCAUGAUUAAUCGAUACUUAACACCUAUUGUAAUCGUGCUAGGUGUCGUAUGUGAGCUCGAUCCUGCAUGA